UAAAACUAUAUCUGUCUUAGAUAUCGCAUAGUCCUGUCAAAAUACAAUAAUUUUGAUGUUGUUUUAAUUUGAUUUAUUUGCAGAAAUGAGACUUUUACACAAUAUUAAUAAACAUGGACAAUGGCAAAUUGAUGGAUGUAAUGAUGAAAUGAAUGCUCUUCUUUGGCGACUACAAAAGAAUAAAACCACCAGAACGCAAGAUAUCCUUCAUCACUUGCAGCAAAAUUUCAUUAAACAAGACAAAAAACUUUACGCAGAAAAUAGAUUAGAACAUGAAAUUAAAAUUUGGAAAACAACAUUUAAUGAGAACGCCAAAAAACUGCGAAUUUUAAACAAAGCCCUUCUGAAACAAGAUAAAACCGUUGCCGUAAAGAAUAUACAACGAACUGGGAUCUACGCUGCUGAACAAAUAAACAAAACAACCGAGUGCCUACAUCGCCAGAUUAACCUUGCCAGGAAUAUUCUUGAAAAGUCAUCAAGGUUUAUGAAUUUGAAAGGUAGAUAGCUUUUAAAAGAUCUGACGCCAUUAUAAAAAAAAAGAAGAUGUGGUAUGAUUACAAAGGAGACGACUACCCCAUACACAAGUGACCAAUCACACAAAAAUUAACAACUGUAGGUCACCGUUUGACCAUUAUCAAUGAGCAAGUCCAUAUCGCGUAAUCAGCUUUAAAAGGUACCGAAAUGACAAAUGUAUUGUUUUAACAAUUCAACCUGAAAACUACUGGCUUAAUCAGUUAUGUAUAAAAUAAUGAACAAACAACAUAUGAGUAACACGACAACAAACAACAACAACUGGAUAACAGAGCUUUAACAGGA